AUGGAGAGAGUUUUUGCUUCUUUUGACAACCGGUUUUUCAAGGGCUUCUCGACCCACAUGACGCCGGCAGAGGUUACGCUUCUACGCACCGUGUCGCACAUGCUGGCCAUCGGCGAAGUUACCGAGAUCCACCCCGCUGCAUCCCGCAACGAUGCUCCAUGGGGCCUGCAGCGCAUCUCGCAGAAGGAUACCAUUCGUAGCAACACUUAUCCCCUUGACCGGAAGUUCAAAUACACCUGGGACGACACCUCGACCCUGGGCAAGGGCGUCGACGCCUACGUCAUCGACACGGGCAUCGUCACCACGCACAAGGAAUUCGGCCACCGUGCUAUUAUGGGCUACAGCUACUGGAAGGACAACAUGACCGACGGCCACGGCCACGGAACCCACUGCGCCGGCACCAUCGGCGGCGCCACCGUCGGCGUGGCCAAGAACGCGAACCUGAUCGGCGUCAAGGUGCUGCCGGACGACGGGCCGGGGCCCUCGACGUCGCUUCUGGCCGGCCUCAACUACGUCGCGCGCCGGCACCACGACCGCUCGGCGCAGAAAGACUUCGUCGCGUCGGUGAUAUCGCUGUCGCUGGCGUUCGCAGACCGGUCGAAGCCGGUUGAGGCGGCGAUACAGAAGCUGGUCGAGGGAGGCGUGCAUGCUGCUCUCGCCGCCGGCAACGACCGCCUCGACGCCUGCACGCACUCCCCCUCGGCCAUGGGGGGCGCCAAAUCCACCACCCCCGUCGUCACCGUCGGCGCCACCACCUUCGACGACCGCAUCGCGCCCUUCUCCGACUACGGCCCUUGCGUCGACGUCUUCGCGCCCGGCGUGUGGAUCGCGUCGGCCGGCAUCGCGUCGAACGACGAGUACACGGUCAAGUCCGGCACCAGCAUGGCCACGCCGCACGUCGCGGGCUUGAUGGCGUAUAGGGUGACGACGACGGGGAAGGGGGAGAUGGCGGGGCAUAGGAUGGGGCCGAAGGAGGUGAAGAGGUGGUUGGUGGAAGGAGCGGCGAGGGGGGUGCUGAGGGAGAAGGCGGAUGGGAGUGGGAAGAAGCCUGAGAGUCAGUUGAUUGUGGCGUUUAAUGGAGUUGCGGGGGCGGUGAGGGGUGGGGGUGGGGGGUUGUUUGGGUGA